AUUUCAGAUGGUUGAUUUUGCUUGUAAUUAGCCGAGGAAAUUAAAGGUAGGUAGGUCGGCGCCCGGCCGCAGAUAUAUAAAAUGGCUACCGGAAAACGAAGCCGCUGUUGUGGAGCAUCACAAGCUAAUUACCCGAAUCAUGCCAAUACAGAAACGUCCACCUAUGAAUGGGAACAAUCAGAACGAGCUCAUACUCUUAUCGUUUCUCCUCCUCCAGGGCUUAAGAGGGAGCACUUAACGGUGACAGUUGAGGGUGUCCUCAAGAUUCAGGGACGGCGCAGUAAUGACCGAACCUCGACCCAUUUCAACAAGGAAUUCCCAAUUCCAAAGGACUGCAUCAUGGAAGAAAUCACUGCCAAGUUUGAGAGAGGAAGAGUUUCCGUUUCAAUGCCCAAGACUAUUACUCUUAACACCAAAGCCACCACCAUCACCACAACUUCUAAAUCUGCCAUUGAGACUACUGCUCGAGCCAUUACCUCAGCCAUGGCACCCCAAUCCCCUAGAGCUGCCACAGGAAGCCGCGGUGGUAGAGCAUCACAAGCUAAUGACCCGAAUCAAGCCAAUACGGAAAUUGAAUGGAUAGAAGAAGCAGGAGCUCCUACUCUUCUCUUUUAUCCUCCUGAUGGGUUUAAGAAGGAGCACUAAACGGUCACAGCUGAGGGUGUCCUCAAGAUUGAGGAACAGUGCUCUACUCGCCCAAACCAACGGAUCUAUUUCAUGGUCUUUCCAAUUCCAAAGGAUUGCAUCAUAAAAGAAAUCACUUCCAUCUUUGAGGGAGGAAAAGUUUAUGUUUCAAUGCCCAAGAAAACUAUUACCACCACCACCACCACCAUCACAACUACUGUUGGUGCUACUACUAAUACUAUUUCUCAAGUCAUUAUAGAUAUUGGUAGUGAAGAUAAAACCAAGCAGAUAAAUAAUUUGGAUGCCACAAGGGCUACUCGUACUAUUGCUCGACCCAUUAAUGGUGAUGAAGAUAAAACCAACGAGAUGAAUAUUAAUUCAGACGCUACUGAUACUAUUGCUCGACCCAUUAAUGGUGAUGAAGAUAAAACCAACGAGAUGAAUAUUAAUUCAGACGCUACUGAUACUAUUGCUACACCCAUUAAUGGUGGUGAAGAUAAAACCAAGGAUAAUAUUGCAGCAAAAGCAGACCAGUUAGCACCAUCUCCAAGCACCCCGUCCCCUGCCACAGGCAACCUGCCGGCGCCUAAUUCGUCUCCGAAGGAUGGCGCUCCAUCGGAAAUGAUUACUGAAAAUUGUGCUGAAAGGGGCACCAAAGAGACAAAGGGAAGGAGUGGAACAAAUGGGAAGCCUACCGAAUUCGAAAAGGCUCCAAGUGCAGCGCUGCAAGACGGUGACAGGAAAGUAAAUGGUGAAAAAGGCAAGGGAUCAUCAGCAAAUGGUGUCACAAUGACCCAGAGCAAGAAAAAUUUGGAAAGGGGUGAUGGGUCAACUUCUUUUCCCGGUGGUGAAGAUAAAACCAAUGAGAUUAAUAAUUCUGGCGCCUCUGAGGGAAGAGACACAAGAGAUGCAGAAAUCACUGGCAGAGCUUAUUCCAGCGCUAUGAGCUUGUUUGAUGUCCAUGGAAGAGAUGAUAGGCAGCUGGAGGCGAACAUGGGUGUGGCUAUGCUAUUAGCAGCGGCUGUUGGAGUUUUGCUCACCUAUUGUUCUACGUCCUCUGGAAGACCCAGAAACUAGUUCUUCCUUCAGGGAAGGAAUUGCACUGAAUAA